AUGCACAGAGUCGGACGAUGGUUCGACCGCGGCCGUCCCUCGAUCAAUGCUUCAACACACAGCCUCGACUCGCUCGAGGAGUCUCAAAACCUCGAGACUGCUAUGCGAGCCGUAGACCGAGUCAUGGAUGACGACAUCAAGGGUGCUGAGGCGGGCCUCGCCGACGGCAACUCCUCGUUCCACAAGCUUGCCAAAGGCACGCUGGCCUUCAUGAAGGCAGCAUUGGGAUUCGAGCAAGAAUUCAUGAAGGAGGCUUCGGAAACGCUCUAUGAGGCCGAAUCGAGUGCUUCAGCCAGUCACGCGCGCGCCCAGCACGACUCGCGUGCUUUCCAGUCCACCAUCUACGAGAGAGGCUCGGAAUUUGCAUUGUGCCAGGCAGAGGCCCAGAUCAUGUCUGCCGUGGUUGGCGUGCUCAAUGAGAGUCUGACCGAGUCUCUGCGAGGGUUCUAUAAACUCCGCAAAGCAUAUAUUACCCUUGACAGCCUCGUGCAGAUGGAAAUCAACUUCAACCGCACUCGGUCGACGAGCAGUCUGUCAGCUUCGAGAGAUCAGUCCACUGACAGCUUGCACUCAUCCACCUCUGGAAAGUCGGGCCCUGCUGCUUCAGAACCCCUGCCUCACCACCAAAUCCAGCCUGCACAUCCAUCUGCCCUCAGGAAUGCGGAAGCCGUUGAUGCUACGCCAGAUAGCGUUUCUGACGAUGAAUUCCAUGAGGCAGACGAGACGAACGCGGUCACAGACGAAUACCACGGCCGCUUGGAGGUGGAAGUGGAAUCGGACCAUACGACGGAAUUGGAUCUGGAAAUUGAAAAAAUGAAUGAACUGCCUCCAGAAGGCGUGCUCAGCCGGUCGACCACAGUAACACUGGGAAUGCUCACAGAAGGGCCCGAAUCGGAGGUUUUUAGCAACUCGCUCGACGUUUUCAUCCACUCGGGCACGAACCUCAUGUCUGGGCUAUUGGCGCUGCUCAUCUCCAUCAUUCCCCCAGCGUUCAGCAAACUUCUGUACAUCGUCGGAUUCCGCGGUGAUCGAGAACGAGGCAUUCGGAUGUUAUGGCAGGCAAGUAGGUUUCCCAACAUUAAUGGUGGGAUGGCGGGCUUAAUCUUGUUUGGUUGGUACAAUGGCCUGGUCGGUUUUUGCGAUAUCGUUGCCGACGUGGAUCCCUCCAAACCGGACGAUGUCGAAGCGUAUCCUACGAAACGCUUGGAGGCACUCCUGGUCGACAUGAGGAAGAGAUAUCCCAACAGCAAUCUCUGGGUUGUGGAGGAAGCAAGGACAGCAGCCUCGAAACGAAACCUUGAUCAAGCCUUGGCCAUUCUCGCUUCUCCUGGCAAGAGCCAACUAAAGCAGAUCGAAGCGCUGCAUAUGUUUGAAAAGAGUUUGAGCGCUAUGCACGCCCACAGGUACCAACUGUGUGCAGACUCCAUCCUCGCGUGCGUGGACCUCAACGCGUGGUCUCGCGCUUUGUACUACUACAUUGCAGGAGCCGCCCACCUUUGCUUCUACCGCCAUGAUGAAACUCUCUCCAGCAAGGAUAGAGAAAAGCAUGCCAAGCUCGCCGAAGAACUGUUCAAAACAGCGCCAACCAAAGUCGGAAAGAAGAAGAUGAUGGGUAGGCAACUGCCCUUCGACAUCUUCGUGGUGCGCAAGAUUUCGAAGUGGGAAGAACGUGCUUCUCGGUGGAACUGCAGUUUCGUUGAUGCAAUCGGUGUGAGUCCACUCGACGAGAUGAUAUUUCUCUGGAACGGUUUCAAGAAGAUGAACGAAUCGCAGCUGCAAAAAUCUUUGGACAAUCUUGCAUGGUCUGAAAGCACACCCAACUGGAGUAAGGAAGAUGUCGAUGAGUACGCGAUUCUUGAUGUCCUCAAAGCCAUCAUCCUCCGAAAUCUCCGCCGGCACGAGGAAUCCAAGACUCUGCUGAAAAGAAAGUUGUUGGCUCAAGGGGCCCAUGAGUUCAGGGGUUCGAACAAGGACGACUGGAUGGCUCCAACCGCGCAUCAUGAAAUGGCGGUUAAUCUGUGGAUGCAGCGGACAGCGUACACUCAGCAACACGGGGCCACGUUCCUUGGGGAGCCCACGGAGAAGUUACCUCCACUCGACCUCGCUCAUGAUGCAAAAUUGGUUCAAGAAGCCAAACACCACCUGGAAAAGGCGAAAGGCUGGGAGAAGUACGAGCUUGAUGCCCGACUGGGCCUGAAAAUCACAGCCGCUCUCAACGCAGUGAAGAAAUGGGAACAGAAACAUCCAAAUGCACUGUGA